AUGUCAGAAAACAGGAAAUGCAGAGUGGUCUCUGUUCUUCCUCUGCUUCCACAAUGGCUUGCUCUGUUCUUCUUCUUCUUCAUCUCUGCAUUAUUCCAGCUUCUCCCUUUGUCUCAAUCUCUGGACUUCACCUCAGACCACUACAAAGAAGCUCUACACAAAAGCCUGCUUUAUUUCGAAGCACAACGCUCCGGUCACUUGCCUUACAACCAAAGAGUUACAUGGCGUCACCAUUCAGGCCUCACCGACGGCUUAGAACAAGGGGUGGACUUGGUUGGAGGUUACUAUGAUGCAGGGGACAACGUUAAAUUUGGUCUGCCAAUGGCAUUCACAAUCACAAUGCUCUCCUGGACGGUGAUACAAUUCCGGGACGAAAUCGUCGCUGCCGGAGAGUAUCAACACGCGCUCGAAGCCAUCAAAUGGGGAACCGAUUACUUCAUUAAAGCGCAUCCUCAGCCCCAUGUCUUAUGGGUUCAGGCAAAUGGGGAUACGGAUCAUUACUGUUGGCAGAGGCCCGAGGACAUGACCACUUCCAGGAGGGCUUACAAGAUCGACGAGGAACAUCCCGGCUCUGACGUCGCCGGAGAAACCGCGGCGGCGAUGGCAGCGGCGUCUAUUGUGUUUAGGGAAACUAACCCACAUUACUCCCACCUUCUCUUGCAUCAUGCUCAACAAUUGUUCGAAUUUGGUGACAAAUACAGAGGGAAAUACGACGAGAGCAUAGGAGUGGCGGAAGGGUACUAUCCGUCGGUGAGUGGUUACAUGGAUGAGUUGUUGUGGGCAGCUUUGUGGCUCUAUAAGUCCACCGACAACUCCGAUUAUUUGAGCUAUGCGAUUCAAAAUGCUCACUCUUUUGGUGGGAUCACUUGGUCCAUGAUGGAAUUCAGCUGGGAUGUCAAGUAUGCCGGCCUCCAGAUCAUUGGCUCCAUGUUGCCUGCCGGAAAGAAAAACGAAGAACUGAAGAAGACUGUCAAAGAGUACAAAUCGAAAGCAGAAUACUACGUUUGCGCCUGUCUGAACAAGAACAACUCCACCAACGUUGAUCGGACACCAGGUGGGCUUCUCUACAUCCGGCAAUGGAACAACAUGCAAUAUGUUUCUACGGCAACAUUUUUGCUUAUGGCCUACUCUGAUCAUCUUCAUGCUACCAAUCAAAUUCUAACUUGCAAUGGAAGUCCAGUGACCCCAGAUGAGAUUUUCUCAUGGGCCAAAACCCAAGUUGAUUACAUCUUGGGCUCCAAUCCAAUGGGCAUUAGCUACAUGGUCGGUCACGGCCCGAGAUACCCACAAAGAGUACACCAUAGAGGAGCUUCAAUGGAGUCUUACAAGAAUAACAAAGGAUUUAUUGGUUGUACACAAGGUUAUGAUAACUAUUAUGGAAGAAAAGAACCAAAUCAAAAUGUUUUGGUUGGAGCACUUGUUGGUGGGCCUGAUAAAAAUGACCAAUUCAGAGACAAAAGGGGGAAUUACAUGCAGACUGAAGCAUGUACUUAUAAUGUAGCACCCCUAGUUGGAGUUUUUGCUAGGUUGCAUGCUUUGGAACAGAGCAUUAGCUCAUCCGGUUUUGAUCAACCACUAGUUUCAUCAAUCUAG